ACGUUUUCCUAGUGCCUUAUCAAUUUAUUUAUAUUACUGUAAUAAAUCUGUAAUACAGCAUUAGAUAAUCAUUAGCUCAUGCGGGUCAUCGGUCAGUGUCUGAUCAUGUUUAUUGAGUGUUGUGCACCAAUCAGACUCCUUCUCUCACAGGUAACAGACAGAACAGAAGCAUUAUUCGUGUGAUCUGUCUGGAGUCACAUUCACUAAAGAUCGAUCUUCGACCUUCAAAUAAAGUUCGACCUUUGCACCUACAAGGAUGUCAGAGAUCUGCUCCAGUUCAGAUGAUCCAGUGAUCAGGAUUCUUCUGAUGGGCAGAUAUGGUUCUGGGACAAGCUCAUCUGGAAACACUAUUCUGGGAGAAAAGAGGUUUAAAGUAAAGAAGCAUGAGUCUGAAGUUUGUGAGGGUAAAACUCAGAUCGGAGACAAGCAGGUGCAUGUGUUUAUUUCUCCAGAUCCACUGGAUCCAGAUCUGUCCGAAGAGAAGCUGGAGGAACUGAAAGAAGAGCUGAUCAAACUAUGUUCCUCAGGUCUCAGUGCAGUUCUUAUCACCGUUCCUCUAGAGCAACCUGUGCAAAAUGAGGAAGAGAUCCUCGAUUUCAUUAAAGGUUUAUUCGGUCCUGAAGUUCACAAGUACAUGAUGGUCCUUUUCACACGUGGAGAUGAACUGGAAGAUCUGGAUGAACCACAGACCAUUGAGGAAUAUCUUCGAAGUAAAGAUCAUGCAGAUCUCCAGCAACUGGUGACUGAAUGUGGAGGAAGGUUUCACUGUUUCAACAACAAGAGUAAAUCAGAGAGUCAGAUACAAGAACUACUGCUGAAGAUUGAACGAAUAAUGAUGAAGAACAAAGGGAAAUUUACCAUGGGGCAAAUGAAAAGGAGAGACAGCAAAAGCGGUUACCCUGUCAAUUGUAAGUUGUGUAAAUGAUUCAUACCCUUGGUAAAUAUGAUCAAAGACGGCUGUGAAAAUAAAACCACAUUGUUAAUCCUUUAAAAUAACUUAUUUUUUAAUUAAAUAAUUAUUAUUUUUUAAAUAAAAAAUUAUAAAAUUCU